AAAAUUUUUAGUUUUCUUAAUUAGUUAUAAGAUUCGAUCAUAAAUUUUUUACUAUAAACAAAGCUAAAUUUUAAUAUAAAAAUGUUUUAAAAUGCUUAUUAAGGAGGCACUCAUGUAGAAAUAUAUGAUGCAAAAGUCAACAAAGAUAAAGAAAAAAGUUACGCAAAUCUCUAUAGAAUGACAACUCCUUAAGGAUAUUCAAAAGUAUUUGAUAAGGAUAUUAAAGGAUAUAUUUAUAGCAUAGAUGGACAUAGUACUAAAAUGAGAUUUCCAAAAGAAGAUAAAAUUGAUUUAUGUAUAGUUUAGCAUUUUCUUGUAUUUUAGAUUUAUCUACCGUUUGGUUCACCUUGGAAUUUAGAAAUUGGCAUAGCAGAUACCUAAAAGGUAAAUAGGAGAAUUAAUUUAGUAAGUGCUUUAAAUAAAAUAGAAACUAAGUAUUUUCACGUUAAAGUCCCUAACGAUAUUAUUAGACGUGGAGAAUGGUUAAACUUAAGUAUAGACGUUAAUAGUUUUAUGGAAGCUUGGAAAGGAUCCACUUUUCGUUCUAUUGAUAGUAUAACAAUCGGAUCAACCUGUAGAAUUCGUAGAAUUUUUAGUAUGAAGAAUCCUCUUUUUGAGUUCAGUUCAGAAGAUAAUGCAGAAGAGCAAAUGUAUUUGCAAUCCUCUUUAUAUAAUUAAUAAAAACCAGAAGAUAUACCUAAAAAUUUUGCCUUUCCACCUGGCUUUUAAUAUUCCAAUCAGCUAGUGAAUUAUCAAAGAAUUUUAGAUAAUGUUGAUCCAAAAUAUCUUGAAAGUAUAAGUGAUUCUGUUGAUACAUUAAAAAUGAAUAAUCCUGCUUCAUCUGUCCCAAAAUCAAUGUAUAAAAACUCUUUAACUAACAAUACCAACAAUGUUAAAGCUAUUGCUACAAAAUCAAUCAAAUAAGGCAUAGGCAUUAAUAAUAGUGUAUAAAAAUCAAUCCCAGAUGUUACUCAUGAUUUUCAUGAAAAAUCAACUAUGGGAUAAAAGUAGAUUGAAACAUAGAAAAAAUCAUAUGCUAGAAUAGACAGAAGCCCUCCUUCUAUCUAAAAUACUUAAUAGCAAAAUUCUAAAUAUAAUUCUUCAACUAAAAGAGAAUCAUCUAUUUCAAGUAGUCAUAAUUUAGAUGAAGAGCAAAAAUAUGAUACUAACUUAACAAAGGCAAAACCUCGCUAAGCUUCAAGAGAACCUGUAAGACAAUCUUUGAAAACAUAGAAACCCCCUUAACCACAAACCAAUAAUAAUAACAAUCUUUAGUAAGGGUAGCAGAUAUAAAAAAAUAUUCCUAAAUCUCCAAUAAGCUAGUCACUUAAAUCACCAACUACAUCACUUAAGGAUAUAAAUUAACCACAAAAUUCUUCAUCGAGACAGCCAACAAAGAACUAAUAAAGACAACCAUCAACUUAAAAGAAAGAAACAUCAGCUAAUAUAUAAAAAAACAAUCCUUGGUAUGCAGGUGUGAAUAAAGGUCCUAAAAAGUAAUUUGAUGAUAAAGGUUAAGAAGAUAAUGAAGAAAUAGAAGAAAAUUUGGAAGCAGAAUAUUACGAUAAAUAUGAAAUAGAUGAAGAAUUACCAUAAACAAUAAAAAAGAAAGAAUCUAAAACAAAUACUUCAUCACCCUAGAUAUCUCAAAAAAUGACCUAAUAAAAUGAUAAAAAUUUAAAUAAUUAAAAUAAAAAUAAUCUAGGAUAAGUUAAGAGUUAAUAAUUAAAAGAAAAAUCUUUAACUCAAUAACUUGAAUCUAAAAGAAAUGUCAAAAGUGCAAAUAAUUUUGGAAAAAAGGCUUCAUUAAUUGACCCGAAAAAAACAAAGGAGGGAAAUAAAAAAGACAUCCAAAAAAAAGAAAACCAAAAUGAUAAAAAUUAGAAUUUAGGAUAUGAAAACUAAAAUGCAUUUAACAGCAUGAACACAGAUUUAGAUGAAGAGAGUUAUUUCUAACUAACUUAAAAAUUUAAUACAGUUAGCGAUCCAAAUCAAUUUAAAGAUCUCUUUGCAAAUUCAAAUCGUAAAUAAAAAUAAUAAGCCGAAGAUUCUUAUGGCCAGGGCGAAUAUGAUGAUUUAGAUUAAAGAGAAAUAGAAGAAGACAUUGUUACUGAUUAAAAUCAUAAUAAUCCAUCUAUAAAUAAAAAUACAAGUCAAAAUAAAACUACCACUAAAAAUACUAAUAAUAAUAAUAAUGCUAAGAGCUUCCUUAAACAAGAUACUGUAGAGAGCAAAAAAUAUUAAACAAACCGCGAUUUCUCUGGAGAAAAGAAGAAUUAAUAGUUUGAAGAUAGCCUCGAAGGACCUUACAUUGAAAGAAACUUAGAAAACGAUGAUGAAAAUUAUCAAGAUGAGUUAAAUGAUAAGUAUGCCUCCCCGGAUAAGGAUGAUUAAGGAAAUAACUACUCUAAUCAUAAUAUUUAUGAAAAUCAUCUCAACAAAUUUAUUAAUAAUUCAUAAAGACCCUUUACACCUCCUUUUUAAGCAGUUGUUCCUUUGCAAGGAAGUUCAAUAGUAACUAAAAAAAAUAAUUAAACAGUAGUAAUUCAAAAUCAAGGCUAUUAUGAAGAUGAUGGAAAUUACAAAAAUGAAUAAAAUAAAAGCAAUAUUUCAAAAAAAUCAAAUAGAGUAGAUAAUAACGAUUUUGAAGAUUAAGAAUAGCUAGAAGUUAUUUACGAUCCUGUUCUUAACUGUUAUUAUGAUCCAAACAGCAAGCAAUAUUAUGAGCUUAAAUCUUGA